AUGAGGGGUAUAUUAAAUAGAUGGUUUCGCUUAACUCGAUUUGAAAAAUUUUUUAAAUUUUUUUUCAUUUCAAGGCUCUAUCGUGCAUAUAUUAACGGACCUUCAGUAGAAAUGGAAGCUGUGCCGCUUAGCCCAGAAUCUCUCGACCCUCGUUUUGUUUUUUUGUUGGAUGCUGAUAAAAUUAUUUGGAUAUGGAGUGGAUCGCGUUCUAGGGUAACAUUCUCAAAUAAAGUUCGUUUGUUUGCUGUAAAAAUGAAUAAAAGAGAUAAAAAAGGAAAAGCAGAAAUUGAAUCUUGUAAUCAAUUGAAAACACCUGAUGAAUUUUGGGAGGCUUUAACAGGUUUAUUUUUUAUAAAUUUUAGAGAAGCCCCUCCUACCAAGGUCUGUUUUUUUUUUGUUUUUGUUAGCCUGAGCGAGACGAGUAUUUUAUAAAAUUUGAUUUUCG